AUGGAAUCACCAGCCAAGAGGCCCCCAAGAAGAAAAGAGGGCCGCAUCAUCCUGCAAUUUGACUACGACUGCUUCUACGCACAAGUAAUCGAGAACAAGCACCCGCAUCUUAAGAGCAAACCACUUGGCGUCCGGCAAAAGAACAUUCUCGCAACAUGCAACUACAACGCCCGCGCCAAGGGCGUCAAGAAGCUCAUGCUCAUUACGGAAGCCAGAAAAAUCUGCCCCGAGCUCGUGCUCAUGGAUGGUGAGGAUCUUUCGCCCUUUCGCGACAUGAGCAAGACCCUAUACGGGUUCCUCAAGUCACAUUCCUGGAAUGGAAAGGUUGAGAGGCUUGGGUUUGACGAGGUGUUUAUGGAUGUCAGCGACAUUGUAGACUACAACUUUUCUUGUCUCACCAAGGGCGCGCUGGCGCAGUCCUUCUUCCAGCUCUCGAAAAGUGACCCCGAGAUCGGCUUUUCGUGCGACUUGACCAGGGUUGCGGGACCAGUCCUUGGACUGCAAAUCUCAGCCACAGAGGUAGAGAACACGACAAUGCUUCGCCUGGUUCUUGGCUCGCACCUGGCCAUGUACCUACGUGGCAAAAUUGAAUCAGACUUUGGCUACACAUCUACCUGCGGCGUCGCUACCAACAAGGUCCUCAGCAAGCUAUGUGGCGGCAAACAUAAACCUAAAAACCAGACGACCUUGCUCGCCUGGACCGAUGACGAUGUCAUGGCCUUUAUGGACACGCAUAUUUUACGCAACGUGCCUGGUGUUGGUUUCAAGAUGGCGCACCUCAUCGAGUCUGUCGUUACUGGCGUGGAAAACGACUCUGAUUCGCACAGCUUCAAGUCACUCGUCACUGUGAGAGAAGCCCGUCUGCAUCCUAACAUUUCGCCGGCGUACUUGGAAAAACUUCUGGCAGGCCCGGGUGCGGAGCGGGGAGUCGGCGCGCGCAUAUGGGGACUACUUCACGGCGUAGAUGCGACAGAGGUAAAAGAAGGCACAGAUAUACCCUCUCAGCUGAGCAUCGAAGACACGUACAAGGGAUUAGAGACAAUGGCGCAAAUCACGGAAGAACUAUUUAAGCUGUCAUGCUCCCUGGUCCGACGGAUGCGUAUUGAUCUUGUCAGCCCAGAUGUCAAUGCCGACGAGCCUCUUGCGCAGAGAUGGAUGGCUCGGCCGCGCACUCUGCGGCUUUCUAUCCGCUCCUGGCCAAAAGCCGGAUCAGGCCAAGAGCGCAGUUUCAGCCGGACUUCCAGGUCGGCGCCACUGCCCAGCUUCAUCUUCGACCUCGUGGCCGGCACCGAAGAGAUUUCGGAGCGCCUUGUCUCGGAGGCGCUUCUGCCACUGCUACGCCGCCUCGGUGCGGAAAAAGGCGGCAGCGCGUGGAAUCUGCAGCUGGUUAACAUUUGCGUGGCAAACAUGGCUGCAGGGGCGGCAGAGGACAAGCACGGGGCAGGCCGGGACAUUGCAAACAUGUUCAAGAGGCAAGACGAGGUCCUACGGCCGUGGCGAGUGACGGGGCAAGCCGAUGAAGAAGGCGUGCAAGACGAGCAAGACAGUAUGCCGGAGCUGGACGACGAGUUUGAUGGGCUGGACGCAGAUGGCUCUUGGAGCGGCGCGACGGGCGACCAGUGCAGCAUCUGCGGCCUCCCAAUCCCGACGUUUGCCGCAUCGGCACAUUUCCGUUACCACGAGAUGGACAGCAAGAUGGCCUCAUGA